AAUAUGUUUAUAUCCCGUUCUCGUUGAUCGUGCGAUGCGCUUUGCCAAUUUUGCCAUUGGAAAUUCCUCGGAGAAUACGCUCGAUUUUCAGCCUGUAAAACGCAUCGACACUGGUCUUUUGUACCCUAGAUUAUCGUGCUAAUAUCGCUUUAAUAGUGGUGCUUGUAUUUAUAGUCGUAGAGAUUAAAGAAAUCUUAAAGAUUAAACAAUUUGACAAGCAGAAAUAUAUUUCGACGAUGCUCCACCCUCCACACACAUUGUCCUAUAUACGAUAGACUCGAAUAACAGUAAUUCCAGGGAACUUUCUAGAAUGAACAAAGAAUAAUAGUUCUACGGAAUGUUGUCGGAAAGUCAUUGCGAGCAAUGAUACAAAUCAAGACUUGUCGCAUCUAUGGGUGACGUUUCGUAGCUGUUGGAACAUUUCUAUGUACUUUUAUAUCAAAUUCAACGAUUAUUUAUUUGCAUUUUGGCAUUGAGAAAUGCCAGCGCCAUCCCCGACUUUCUCAAGCUUGCCAGAAACACCUAUGUGUGAGAAAACGGAAGUCAAUGAUACCGACUCUCUGCCCCCUUGGGCCAAAAUCACGCUUACAUCUGCAGAAGCUGAAAUUGAAAAGCUGAUCUCGCGAAAUGAGUUGAAAGACGCAGAGGUAACUUACUUCUGUCAAGUGGAACCAAUUCUUCAAGAUGGCCCACAGUGCGGUUUAGUGGCGCUUUCAAUGGCAUCGCAAGAAUACACAAAACCAGUUUCUGUGAAUCAACUUCUCGCUGAAGCUCGUGUUCGAGGAUUCACCCAGCAUGGCGAAGUAUAUAGCGUUGAUUUCAUGGGGACAUUAGCUGCGGAAUAUUUGCCCGAUCAUAAACCAGAUAUUUUAGUAGAUUUACAACAGUGCCCGGACACGUUAACUCAUGCUUUAGCACAUGGAGCAAUGGUGUUGAUACCAUAUGAUUCUGACUUCAAUCACGCUCCAUGUUUAAAAAAGGGUCAUAAAGCGCAUUGGGCAUUGCUUGUGGGUCUAAUCUCUUCUAGACAAGGAUAUCACGUUCUGGCACGUCAUGGUAAAUCGCGUCAUCUGGCUUGUUGGCCCUUACGCGACUUGAUUGAAAGUAAUGGCAACUUGGAGGAAGAGGGUACAGCGCGACACGCAGGAGGAUAUGUUAUACCAAAGGGUGGCGUCGGAGGUCAAAAGGGUUUACGCGGCAGAGCACUGGCAUUACAUCCAUACAUAUAGAGUUAUAUCAAAGAAAAUUGUAGGUAAUUGAUUUCAUGCUAAAAAGAAAAAAAAAUUUGCCGAUACUCUGUAUCCAUAUGUGCUAAAUAUUCGAGAUAUAAUAUUUGCAUAUACACAUGGCUUCAAUAAGAAUCAAUUUAAUAAUUAUGUGUAAUAACAUGCGACGCUUUAAUUAAUACGUUAUUUGAAUUCGCGCAAAAUGUUUUACAUAAUGUUAGUCUAAUGAUAUAUCUACCAAAAAGCGUUCGGCAUCCGAGAUGCAAUUCUAAGUGGCAUUAUUUUCAUUUUACUGGAAUUAUACGAUGUAAAUAAGAAUUCCGGCAGGCCGAAAUAUGUGCACGCAAAAUAUAAAUAUAGACGAUUGUCUCUCUUGAUAGUAAAUUAUGUCCUAUUAGAUUGAAAUGCGAAAGUAUACGCGCAUGCAUAGUAAGACAAAUGAGACAUAUAAAAAUGUUUACGUAAGUAAAUAUAUAUGCAUAUAUGCGUGUGCGUGCGUGCGGGCGUGUGUAUAUGCGUAUAUAUAGCAAGUUAUCGAAAGUGAUAAUUCAGAAAAGAAGAUCUAAGUAUAUUUCUUCAGAUAGAAUAUGUGUAGGCUUUCAACAAUUGUGGUUUCCGUCUUAUGUUAAUGCAACAAAUAAAGAAUGAAUGAAUAUUAUAUUAAAUCAAUUUUGCUAAACUCUACAUCUUACUAUUAUUUGUAAUAAAUAAUGGCAUGCUGUAUCAGCUUUAAUAUACAAGUUUUAAGACGUUUAGAUAUAUCAUAUACAGCGUGUUUGGUUUAAGUUAAUUAACAGUUGUUUAUCUUUAACUCGUGGAGAUAUAAAAAGUUUAUAUAUACAUAUAUAGAUUGAUAGCAAAAUACAGUAUUACAUGGUUUUUCGUUAUGUUAAAAAACCACGUGACAAAAUUUUAUUUUUUAAAAAUAUAUGCUGAUGUUUUAAUAUUUAUUUAUUGCUACAUAAAACUUAGUAAAUUUUU